AUGGCUGCAGAAGGUGAAGACCGUGCGAAGGCUUCCGAUCGUCCUGGCUUAGCUAACGGCGGAAGCUUCGUGGCUCCCGCGAUUUGCCAAGGAGCAGAAGCAACCGGCGCAAGCAGAGACGCGGAAGCAGCAGGAACGGCCGCGGAGGACGCAGCGGGAACGUCGGCGGGAGAAGCAGAAGGAGCGCCCGACGUGAUUGGUGCGUCCACCCCGCCUCGUGAGGCGAACCCGACCAGUCCGUCGCAUGCGCUCCGUGCGAGUCUCUCCGCGCCGCCGCGCGUGACGAGCAAGAAGCCGCCCGACAGCAUGCCGCUGUUGCGCCUACCGCUGGGCCUGUCGCCGUCCGCUUGGCCGCAAGGAGGGAAACGGCAGCUUGGGCGAGAUGACACGGGAGAUGACACGCGGCGAGAUGACACGCGGCUGGAUUUGAGUAUGCAGGGACUAAGCUCUCAACAGGGAGGGGGUUCGGGCGGCUCGGAUGGUCCUUGCUGGAAGAAGCGCGCCGUUGGGGGUGUUUCGCUGGUCGUAGCCACUGUAGCAUUGUCCUCGGCGCUUGCGCCGGUUUCUGGCGCUCACGCCCUCCCAGUUCCCCCGGGAACUCCGAAUAACGGCGCUCCACCUUUCUUUUCACAACCUUCAAACUCCCCCCUUGGGUUGUCGCUUCCCCCCACCAGCACCUCCCCCAGCCCUCAUGCUGCGCGGGCGCAAGGUCCACUUCCGCCGCUGUCCCUUCCGCCCCCCGCUGCCCCACUCCCCUCUCCGCAACCUUCCCCCGCGCCGACUCCCGACGGCGGGUGGCAGGGGACAGCUGGCGCAAGUCCGCGCAACCCUCCGAACCAGGGGGGACCGCAAGAACCUGCCAAUUCCCCACACUACCGCGGGGUGCGGUUGCGCCCAUGGGGAAAAUGGGCGGCGGAAAUCCGCGAUACCGCCAACAGCGCGCGCCUGUGGCUGGGCACGUUCCCCACGGCGGAAACGGCGGCGCUGGCGUAUGACGUGGCAGCGAUGGCGAUUCGAGGAAACAAGGCGAAGCUUAAUAUGGAGCAGCACAGAGAGCUGGCGAGCGAAGUUCGCGAUCUGGUGAGAACGCUGAAAGCGGCGGCGAAGACAGCGCAAGAUGCGGCGGCGGCGCGCGCGUAUGCGGAGGCGAUGGCGGAUGCUGGCGGAGAGGGGGGGAAGCCGCCAGGGCUGAAGAGCGAAACCGCGACAGGGAACGGCGAUGAUCGAGCCGCGAACGGCGACACGUUGAGUGAACGGCUGAGAACGGUCAGGGAUGGUGACACUGGUUUAGAGACAUCUCGAAACGAGGGGAACGGAAACGAGAAGUCAGCGGGUCGGGAAGGCGCGAAAUAUGCGCCGGUGGCGGAAGGUACAGGCGGAACGCGCAACGCGCAGGAGAAAGACCGGAUGACGGAAACGGGAAACGGCCAGGGAAACGGGCAGGCGAACGGGCAAGAGAACGGGCAGGGAAACGGGCAACUCCCAAUGCUGCGACAAGCUCCGCCACACGCGCCGCUUCUCCACGUGGUCAUGGGGAAGGUGGUUACCACUAUGGUGGAUAAAUAUGGCGCGGGAAUGGGGAAUUGGGCCAGGGGCGUUGGCGCUAAUCAGGGCGCGCUGGGGAGCGGGGGAAACGGGGGAGGCGGAGGAAGCAGCGGGAGAAGCGGGGGAAGCGGGGGAAGUGGAGCUCCUGAGGGUAUUGGGGGAAAGGGGGGAGUUGGGGGAGGUGCAGCGAAUGGGGGAAAUUGGGGGAAUGGGGAGACAAAAACGGGUGCCGUGGGAGGGGGUGCUGUGGGUGCAGAUAGGGGAGGGGUUGGAGGGAACGCGAGGCAGCAGGUGGACAGGAAAGAGUUGGUUACAUCCCCUUUACAAGCGCUCUCGAUAAACCAGGGAGUCUCGCCCAUGCAAUGCCAGCCCCCCUUCAUAGGAAGCAAUACGUCCCCUGUACAACCCCAAGUGAAGGUCGAGCACGUUCCUGCUUUUACCGAGUCAGCUUACAAAGGUUCGGUGUUGCAAACAGUAGGACAGUUCGUGAGUGGAGCAACUGCGUUUGCUGGUAACCCUGUAACCAGUUCGUGUGUGGUUGCGCCCAGCGUCACACCUCCGCCUGUAGCUGUACCGAGUGUGCUUACAGCGGGGAUGGCAGGUACGCACUCAGAGCCGCCCGCACCUCCUAAGACUGCUUGUAUUGGGGAAGCCUGUAGAGGGGACGGGGGGAGCAGCAGCAGCAGUAGCAGCAGUGGUGGCAGAAGCAGCAGGCAGAGUGUGGGAGAAGAGAUGGGUGACGGCAUAGCGGGCAUGAAUAGCAUGGGUGCGAUAGGUGGCAUGGGCAUGGGGGGUGGGGCAGGUGAAGCAGAGAGGAUGGAGGUGGAUGGAAGGACACAGGAAGCAGGGCGGAGCUUUGAAGGGUUGGUGGGCACGGUGCAAUGUGCGUUUGAACAUCUCACUCCUAAAUCGCCUCACCUUAUGCAGCAGGGCGGUGGCGGGAACUCUGGGGUAUUAUUUGGCAGUGAGGGAACGACGACACCUGGCAUGGUAUCAGGAUCUCGUGGCGUGGAUGAUGUGCCACGUGGCAUGGUAUCCGCGUCACGUGGCUUGGAUCAAACUCCACGUGGCCUUGCACAGGCGCCUGCUUGCCUCCUCACGAGCUAUUCCUCCCACUCGCUAGACAUGCCACAUGCUGCAACAAUGCAAGCGCCCAUGCUACCCCCACCUGCCAUGCAAACGCCCUUGCUGACCUCCCCUGCUGGUGCUGCUUCAGGUGGUUCUUCAGGCGCGGCUUCUGUUGCCCCUUCAGGUGUUGGCACAGGUGUUCCUUCAGGUGGUACUUCAGGUGGUGCUUCAGGAGGGUUUUCAGCUCAACCCCCUGCCGAACGACCAGGAUGGCAUUACACAGAAUCUCAUCGAGCAACAGAGAAAGCAGCAGAGGAGAUUGGCAGCAUAAAGAAAGAGAAUGUCGUCUCUACUGGUGGAGGAGGAGGAGGAGGAGGAGGAGGAGGAGAAGGAGGAGUAGAAGGAGGAGGAGGAGAAGGAGGAGGAGGAGGAGGAGGAGGAGGAAGAGGAGGAGGAGGAGGAGGAGGAGGAGGAGGAGGAGGAGGAGGAGGAGGAGGAGGAGGAGGAGGAGGAGGAGGAGGAGGAGGAGGAGGAGGAGGAGGAGGAGGAGGAACGGGGAUAAGUGGGAUCUCCCAGGGUACCAGCCUUGGCGAUCCCAGGUUCGGGGCCGAAAAUCACAGGCUCGGGGUCGAAGACCUCAGGUUCGGGAUCCUUCCAAACCAGGAGGUUGAUGGGGAGGACGAGCCGUGCCUGCUGCCCAUGCCUGAUGGUCAGGAAUGGGAAAGGUUCGGUUCGGACCUGCCGUACCCACCCGAGCAGGCUUUUUCUGGGUGGCGGUUAGUGAGUGACUCAGUAACAGAGACAGGCACAGAAACCACAGGAACCGUGCCUACAGUAACAGCUGUUACUGAUACAGGCGCCACUGUAACGAAUACAGGUGGCACUGUAACGGAUUGUGACGGCCUGAGCAGUGAUUUUAAAGGGCUGACUUGUUCCGGGCAGAGGGGCGGAGGAGGAGGGGUGAACCAGGUCGGAGCCACACAAACCCUGGAGACGCCUGAAAAGACCCUGACCUGUUCUGCUGGGAACGAAGGGGUGAGAGGCAAUAGCUUGCCAGCGUCAGUGCAAUAUGAGCCUCAGACGCAAGGGACACUAGAGAACCCUCUGAUGUGCACUGUGAGGAAGGAGGGGGUGAGCGGAGGGGUGAGAGUGGCAGCGAUUAGGACUGCCCAUUUCCGGCCUAACGCUGCAAUUGUGGAGGCAUUUAGGAACGGUGAGGGGCGGUUGGAUGGGGUGGAAGCACUGGUGCUUCAUCCGCCUCAAGAAACGAUUUCCUUUCAGCAAGGGGUGGGGCAGCAGGGACUGAUGCAGCACAGUGGGUUUCAGCAAGGAGUGGUGCAGAACGGUGGGAUGCAGCAAGGUGGGGUGCAGCAGAGUGGAGUGCAGCACAGAGGGAUGCAGAACAGCGGGCAGCAGCAGCAGCAGCAGCAGCAGCAGCAGCAGCAGCAGCGCCAGCAGCAGCAGCAGCAGCAGCAGCAGCAGCAGCGCCAGCAGCAGCAGCAGCAGCAGCAGCGCCAGCAGCGCCAGCAGCGCCAGCAGCAGCAGCAGCAGCAGCAGCAGCAGCAGCAGCAGCAGCAGCAGCAGCAGCAGCAGCAGCAGCAGCAGCAGCAGCAGCAGCAGCAGCAUCGCCAGCAGCAGCAGCAGCAGCAGGUGCAGCAAAACCAGCAGCAGCAGAGGCAGUAUCAUCCUCAGAGCCAGCAGCAGCCGCAGCAGAAUGCAUCUCACUUAUCCUCCUUCGUUCACCCCUCUCCCUCUCCUCCUGCUGCUCUUCAUGCGUCCUCUGCCGCGCCACCUGAAUUUUCACCUGAACGCAUAACUGCCCCACCUGAAAUCCCACCUCCCCACCUUUCCUUUGAGACCGCCUCACAUAUUCCCCAACCGUCACACUACCCCACCGCAACCAUUCCCACCCCCACCCCAGCCCUUUCCGGCCCUCCAUUCUCCACCGCACCGCACUCCUUCCAAUCCCAAUCCUCUCUCUCAGCACCCCCUCGCAUCCCACCCCAGCCUGCUUCAGACCCAUUCUUUUCCCCCUCUCCUUCCACCACUCCCCCAUCCUCCUCCUCCCCAAUCCUUCUAGCCACCGACCCUCAGCAAAAACACACACCCGCCUCCCACUCAUCGGCUCGUGUGCUCAUUUUCAGCGAUCCCUCCCCCUCUCCUGCUCAUUCCUCUGCUGCAUUUGAGAACGAAACUUGCGGCUCUGCUGCUACCAAAGCCUCUGCUUCUUCCAGCCCACUCGAGUUCGGCCUCUCAGUCAAACCCGGCUCUUCUCCUGCUGCGCUGACAGCACUGGAACAAGCUCCUUCCUACCCUGUUCAGCCCACGUCAGCAGCGUCAGCACCAGCACUUGAACACACUCAUGCACAAUCCGCAGCUCCUGCCGCUGAUGCUUCACUUCAUCCCACUCCUCCUUCUGGGACUGGCUUCGGUCAUAUGGCCUUACCCAGCCUUCCUCUCUCCCCUCCACCGCACACUGUCACUAACAUUCCUACUGUCUUCAGCACUGCUCCAAACCAAUCAGGGAGAGCGGAGCUAGAGCCCUGGCAAGGGGAGGCAUGGCCUGGGGAGGGCUUAUCUAGUGAAGGCUUCUUUAUUGAGGAGUUUAAUGGGCCUGAUAGGUGGGCUGGAGAUGGGUGGCUGGGAGGAGCAUGGGAAGCCGAUUGGACGGGAGAAGGGUCGCAGGGAAGCGGAGGUGGACAAGGAAGUGCAUCUCAUGGUGGGUUAGGACUCGCAUAG